CAUAUUACUGCAUCUAGGAAAAGGUUAAAAUCCUCAAAGGUACAAUAACCAUCAUUUGCCAUUUUAUAACACCUAAUCUAAAGAAAAGUAGUUUCUCUCACUCUUGCGCAAAAUCUGAAAAGAAACAUAAGCUAAAAAGUACACUCCUUGGCUUACCUUAACACACACACACACAGAGCAGUGUAUAUGAUAGACAGUUUUGCAUUAAAUCACAAAAUGAUUUACAUUUAAAUUAUGCUUGAAAAUUCAACAGUAGCUGAUGUCAACAAGAUGCGCUUGUUUCUGUAAGACCUGGGUUCUAAUUUCCUGGGUUCAUAUUUUACAAAAUUAUCACAAAUGAAGAAAUAAUUCAAAAAUUCAUUGUAUGUGUUUUGGGUAUCCAAUUUGACCAAAAUAAGAAGAGAUCAAGAUUUUACAUCAAUGCUUUAUGUAACAUUAAAUAACAAAUUACGUUAAUACUGCCUGCAAACAAAGACAGAUAGUUUGUGUGGGAAGUAUUUUGUUGUGUGUGGGUCCCAUUUUAUCUACUAGGUAGUGUACUGCUAUUUGAGCUUGGAAAAAAAUACCUUUCUCAGUUUGUUAUUUUAAAUAUGUAAGAAAAGGGGAGGAGAUACUAUUAAAACAGAAACCACACAUGCAUAUUAGAGAUAACGUCACAAACACAGGUAUCUGCACUCUGCAUGUUAAACAGAAGAAAAUCUCAAAAUAUUAUUGAUCCGAACAAUCAUUCCGAGAAACACCAAGCAAGAUCUCUAAAGAGCAUUUUAUUUGUGGAGCAUCUCAAGAGGGUAAGACUCCAUUCAGGGUUUAAAUAGUGAUUUGUCUAACAAAAGGUCUUCACCAUGUCAGAACCAGCAGAAAGUUCAGCUGCAGAGAAUCUACCACCUCCAGUUCAGCUGGAUUUGAAUCAGUCUGAUCCAAAAACUGACCAAGUUCAGCCAUAUGGAGGACUCCAGCCAGAUGAUCAGUCUGAACCAAUUUAUGAAGCUGUUCUCGAGGAUCAUGAAGAACAUACAUACAUGUGUCCUGAUCCAGUUCUUCAACCUGCUGAGAGUCAACCAACUCCUGUUCAGCCCGUCAUGGAUCCAUCCGUUCAAAUUAACACAGUGCCCUGCAUGAUUCAGCCAUAUAAAGGCUAUCCAGUCCAGAGCUACCUUCCAAAUGCCAUACCUCAGACAGCAGGUCCUGGACAGGUUCCUCCAGUCAACAGUCAACCAGUUCCGGUUCAGACAGUCAUGAAUCCAUCUAGUCCAACUGAUCCAGUACCUCACAAGUUUCAGUCAUAUACAGGACCCGAGCCGGUCUCUCUAGCUGCUUUUCCAGUUCAGACAGUCAUGAAUCCGUCUAGUCUAAGCAAUCCUGCAGCUCCCCAGGUUCAGUCAUUAACAGUCCAAAUGCCUCAGCUGGGACAGCACAUAUCCGCCUACCCUGUGGGAGGUAAUCAUCCACCUCCUGUUCGGACGGUCUUGGAUCAGUCUAGUCCAGCACCUGUGGUUCCUCCAGCAGUUCUACUUUUUGGAGUACCACCCGGUCUCGAGUACCUCACUCAGAUCGACCAGAUACUUAUUCACCAAAAAAUGGAGUGUUUAGAGACUUUAACUGGCUAUGAGACUAACAACCAGUAUGAGAUCAAGAACAGCAUCGGGCAAGAGAUCUACCAUGCCAAAGAAGAGAGUGACUGUUUAAUACGCAAUUUAUUUGGUCCAGCACAUGGUUUUAAAAUGCACAUUAAGAAUAACAUGGACCAAGAGGUCAUUCAGUUGCACAGACCGAUGCGCUGCUUCCUGCAAGAGAUUGAGGUGCAGGCUCCCCCUGGAGUAACCAUAGGCUAUGUGAAACAGGAGUGGUCCUUUUUACCAAAAUUUUUCAUCCUGGGCCCCAAUUAUGAGCAACUACUGAAGAUUCAGGGACCGUUCCUUCCAUUCAAGUGCUUUGGUGAAAUAGACUUUGAGGUAAUAAGCAUUAUUGGUGAACAGUCUAUUGGUCGAAUCACAAAACAACGGAGUGGUUUGUUAAAGAAAUGCAUUAGUGAUGCCAGCAACUUUUGUAUCCAGUUCCCUCUGGAUAUGGAUGUUAAAAUGAAGGCUAUACUUUUGGGUGCUUGCCUCUUUAUUGACAUCCUGUUCUUUGACAAAGGUGGAUUUGUUUUACUGAAAUUUCUAAAGUAAUACAAGUAAAAAUAUAUAUACAUAUAUUUUAAGGGUGUCUCAUCGUCUCUGAGAGGCCGGUAUGGAGUCUGUUACAAUUAAUCAGGAUCUGGAGCUGGAGAUUUGAUUGGUCUGCUUUUCAUAACCUUGUAGUUUUAUCUGUACAGCACAAAUUAACCUAAUGUCUGUUGUCACAAUUUUUGUUACUCUCAUAAUCAUAUUUAGAUCUAGACAAAAAUGUCAAUCAUAUAUACAUAUAUAUAUAUAUAUAUAUAUAUAUAUAUAUAUAUA